AUGAGCUUUGGCGGCAUUUACUGCCUGCUUGACGCUGCUGACCUGCAGCACAAAUCGGAUCAAGUGACGUGGAUUAGCCCUACGACACCACCACGAGCUGGCGCUGCUGGCAUUGGUCUUCUCCUGGAGACCCACGACAUCUUGCACUACGCCCUGGACUACCUGGACAACGACCUCUGCGCUUUGCUCUGGACCAGCACCUGCGCUCUAUCUGCUGGACUCCUUCCACCUUGGCUGCUAUUUGGACAAGCCUGGCAGUGCUUGGUGAAUUACCUGAACAAGGUCCUCGCUGCAGUUCUUGGACUUCUAUCUGGACAAGCCUGGCAGUGCUUGGCGAUCUACCUGGACAAGGUCUGCGCAGCAGUUCUUGGCCCUCUACGUGGACGAGCUGUGCCUUGCAGUGCUUGGAGAUCUACUUGGACCAGUUCCUUCAGAAGUAUGACUUCAAGCGGAACUACAUCAGGAAUCCCACUGGAUGAAUAUCGCAAAGAUAUUCCACCAGGAUGGGCCCCUGGAGACAGCCGCUACACCCUGAAGCAGUACAUGGAGCGGGUGAAAGUCUGGUACCGCCUCUUCGACGGCCCCGACGAGAACGUCGGCCCUCUCUUGGCAGGCCGCCUGAGAGGAAGAGCGCAGCAAAUUGCGCUUAGCUUGAGGCUGCCAGAUCCCACGGGACAUGUGGACGUGGGAGAUGCGGCGCUGGUGAGGCUGUCAGUGGAUGAGGUGACAGACCCCGCUGGCAACAUCAUCCAAAGAGCCAUUCCUUCAGGUCCUCAAGCACUACUUCAUGCUCUACGUGCAGCUUUUGGAGAAGCAGAACAACUUCAGGCGACGAAGGCGCUGGAGACGUUCUUUGAGUUUCGUCGUGGAAGGCUCCCCAUCAGCGAAUGGUCUGUGCAAUGGGAGCUCAACCUGGAAGAAGCUGUAUUACAUGCAGGCUUGGAGGUGAACCCUGUGGCCAAAACCUACUUGUUCUUCAAGAGCAGCGGUUUGCCUCAGAAGACGAUAGAUGAUCUUCUUCUACAGGUCCAUGGAGAUAUGAGGAGAUUUGAAGAAGUGAGGACGCUGUUGCUGCGGAUGGCACACCGUGGAAUGGAUGCAGCAGCUUCGUCCAACCUGUACGAGGACACCAACAAGGCCUUCUACCAGGACGAUAUCGACUCAUCUUCAUGGAGCAACAUCACCGAGCCCUGGAACGAAGAGUGGCCUUCCUAUGAGACUGACGAGCUCUACGCAUGGUAUGAAGGAUGGUAUGAUGAUGAUGCCUCCUGGUACUACGACCAAGAGGAGCCCUAUGAACCUGGAGAUUGGCAGGAGACAUGGUAUGAAGCUGGAGAAGAAGAACCUGCCGAUCAAGUUGAAGGAGAACCUGCAGAGCAGUCUGGCAACGUGGAAGAAUCCUUCUACAAGGGCAAAGGCAAGUCAAGAUCCUCUACAAUGGGUCUCGGAUGCUCGACAUGUGGGUCAAAGUGGCACAACACCUACAGCUGCCCGCUGAAUGACCAGAAGCCCCACAAAGGCAAAGGACGAGGAAAAGGCUUUGGAAAAUCCAAGUCAAAGGGCUAUGGCAAGAGCUAUGGGAAGCCCUACAACAAAGGCUUUGGCAAGUCGAAAGGCUUUGGAAAGAAAGGAAAACCUUUUGCGAGAAAGGGAUAUGGCAAACGUGGCUUCUGGGCUGAAGAGCUUCCAGCUGGCUUUCAGGACUACUAUGGUGGAUCCUAUCUCAUGAACCUCAAGACCGAGAUCGACGAGCAGCCUACUUCCAAAGGUUUUUCAACACCGACUUCUUCGAUGCCGAGAAUUGUGAAGAUCGACACACCUGAUCGAGAAGAGCUGCUCAUCGGCAAGAAGGUUCGCUUUGAGGAGAAAGCCCCAGAUGACGACGAAGCCACCGAGAAGAAUGCCAAGAAGCUCAACUUCCCAUCUUUCCAGGAUCAAAAGCUUGAGAACUUUCACAUGGUGCGUGGGAGAAAGGUGUUUGGACUUUUGGUUGAUCCUGGAGCUGCAAGUGGCCUGAUCGGCACUGACACUUUGCGAGAGCUUUUGGAUGCAGGCAUGGUUCCAGAACAUCUGCAAGACAAGAUUACCUGGGAACCUUCAACAACUACGGUGACAGGCAUCAGUGGACAAGGAGACAGCACUCUUGCCCGAGUUUGCCUACCUUUUGGAGUUGGAGGAGAAGAUGGAAUUCCAGCCUCAUACACGGCAGAGCUCAUCGGAGGACAAGGAUCAACAUGUCCCGCUUUGCUGCCGAAUGUCAGCCUGCGGCAGAUGAGGUCAGCUAUGAUGACACAGUGGUUCGACAAUGGCGAUGGAAUUUUGGUGUGCUCCACCAACGGCCAGAGGUUGGACCAUCCAGAUGCUCACCUCACCAUCAUGCGCCUCUUGCUGACGGAAAGCGGCCACUACAUCCUGCCGGUGAGCAACAACCAGAACGAAGCAGAGAUCCCCAAUGAUGAGGUGCAGAAGAUCAAACAGAUCUGGCAGAACAAGCCCUACCAAGCGACGACGCUGGAGCAGACUUGCAAUGACCUUCACAACGACGACAACAAGAGCGAUGGCAAGAUCCACAACAAGGAGAAGCUGCAGUUCAUGGCCGAGGACAACAAGCCCAUCGAGCCCAAGAACAACGUCAUGGACAAGGCGGACAAGCCCCCAGAUGAAGUGCAGCUUCACCAACAACAUGUGGCAGAAGAUGAACCACCGAUCCAGGUCCUCUUGGGCAACGACUACAACCAGGAGUACGAUGAGAGCAAGUGUGACUAUCCAGGUGACAUUUUCCCUGGCCAUCUUCCUGAAGGAAAGCUGAGAUAUCUUCAGAAGAUGUACAAAGGUGUCCCUGAGGAGUUCUACACAAAGACAAGACAGACACCUGUCACACCGAAGAAUGCCCGAUCCUGGAUGAAGAAGCGAAAAGGAAACAGAUUCAACCUAUGGGAAUGGUGCAGCGGAUCAGGACGCUUGAGUCUGAUCGCACUACUUUCUGGACUUUGUGUACUGUUUCCCAUUGACUACAGGUAUGGCUGGGAUCUUUCACUCCCUGAACAUCAGAGGCUGAUCCUGGAGAUUGAGCAGGACAUCAACCACGGCCCCGACGUCCUCUUUGCAUCGCCUACCUGCAGACCAUGGUCCAUAUCUUCUACCAGAAGAGACCUUGCUCAGACGAUGCGCGAACGAGAAGGAGAACUUCCUACGGUGAACUUCAUCAAGCAGAAGAUCAAGAAGCGCUGCAAAGACAAGAAAGGCAACAUCUUGGAGCAGCCUUGGACUUCGGCGCUCUGGGAACAUCUUGAAGAUCUACCUGGAGAACGACAGAGGACUGAUCAAUGCCGAUUUGGCGCCCAAGAUGAACUUGGCCAACCAAUUCUCAAACCAACUGGUCUCUACAGCGACUUUGGUCUUCGAAAUUGCCUGGCACGAUGUGGUGGACAUCAAGGGCGACGGCAUGGAUGGCUUCAGGGCACAACACAAGGAGUCAACAGAACUACCAUAGCUGCAGUGUACCCUGAAAGCUUUUGCAAGAGCGUUGUCAGAGACAUCAAACGCUUCAUCAACCAGAUCCAUUGCCAUAACGUCUACUACAAGUGCGAAAAGUGUGCCAUGGGCAGAGCAGCCACCAGCAACAUGGAGCACACAUUUCUCCCAGGAGAAUGCCGAUAUGGCAAAUGGCCAGCUGGAGAAGAUCCACGUGAAAAGAAGCGUCUGGAACGCGAACAGCAGGCCAAAGAUGACAUCUUCGACAGCUUCCGCAAGGAGUCCUUGAAGAACCCCAAGGUGAUGCAGGGAAAACUUUCUUCACAUCCAACUCUGGCUUUCGACAGCGAGCAGACGGCAGUCUUGAAGAUGUGCCUCAUCAAGUUGCUGUCAGAGAGCAUUGAGAAGUUCGAGGUCCUUGAGAAGAAGAAGGGCGACCAGAACUACAUCCAUUGGCUUGAAGACCCUGCAGCUCUUGGUUGGCUUCAAAGAAUCUUCAAGGACUACAUGAUGGUGCAGGGAGCAAUGGCAUGUUUGCAGCCAUGGUCAACACCUACACCAUCUCCACAACUUGCUGUUGAAGAAGCUCCCAUACGACUUCUACUACGAGGAAAUGUCAACAGCUGGAAGAUCUCUCAACCUGAAGAUCUACGAGAACUUUCCUUGAGCCAGUGGAAUGAGCCCAUCAACAUCGAAGAAGACUGGCUGGUCGCGAUCUUUGGCAGCGACGCGCCUGACAAGGGCUCAUCCUCUUCCUCUUCUACAAGAGCUGCUGGCGGUUUCAAAGAUGCAAAAGACCUGAUUCCAGAUGACCAAUCUGAAGGAUAUGAACCAUCAAUUGCUCCUGACGAACUUCUACCAGUACAACCUCCAGAAGUUGAAGAAGAAGAACAAGAUGGAGCUGCGCAAAACCCUGGCAGCUUGAAGCCCUUAUUUGACUUCAGAAGGGUGUUCAAGCGAUUGCCACAACUUGCCGGUCAUGACGACCAGACGGCGAAAAGACUCAUCCUUGGACUGCACGAACGUCUUUGGCAUGCGCCCUACAUGGACAUCAAGAAUGUGCUGGUGCGAUGUGGCAUGCCCUAUGAAGUUUGGAAGUUGGCGGCAGAUGCCAUCUCAACGUGCCGAAUCUGCAGGAAGUUCACAAGAGCUGGAAGAAGACCGCAGUACAAGGGCACGAACCUGAGCCAACACUUCAACGACACCGUGCAGGUGGACUUGUUCAAGUAUGAGGAUGAGUGGUACCUGCUGUCCAUUGACGAGACGACCAGAUACAAGAUAGCCACCAGAUGUGAAAGCCGAGAGCUUAAGCACAUCCUGGACGCUUUGAUGCGCAGCUGGAUCAGGUACUUUGGCCCCAUGAGGACUUUGGUGUCCGACCAGGAGACGGCUUUGAUGACUGUAGCAGCUGGAGUGGAAUUGCAGCGGCUCAACAUUGCCCGACAGCCUGGCGGCACGACCUCUGGACUUCAAGGUCAAAAGCAUACCUCAACGGGCCUUGUGGAGAAGCACACAGACCUCCUGAAGCUCACGAUGGCCAAGAUCCAAGCAGAAGCAGGACGCUGGGGCAUAGAAGUUCGAGGAGAAGAACUAGCUUCAGAAGCCAGCAUGGCAGCCAACACAACUUUCAACGUUGGAGGCUACUCACCGGUGACAAUGCUCUUUGGAAUCUUGCCCAGAGGCUACAUGGACCCAGAAGAGCAGAUGCACGAUGAUGGCAUGUCACCAAAUGAGUCAGCUUUUGAACGAGCAGUACAACUUCGUCAAAUUGCUCUUCAAGCCUCUCAAGCUGCCAUCCUUGAAAGCCGCAUUGCCCGAGCCAACAGAUCAAGACCACAGAGAUUGCCAGUGGAGAACAUGGUACCUGGAACAACCAAGGUUGAGAUCUUUCGGGACGAUGGCGGCGGCUUUGGCUGGCGUGGACCUGCUACUGUGCUGAAGAUCAAUGAGGGAGCUGGCACUGCAAUUGUGGAAUUUCAAGGACGACCAUACUUGGUUGGUUUGCGACACCUUCGACCGUUCAGAGACAGCUACAUGGUGUUCAUGAGCGAGACCACAUCAACUACAUCUCAAGAUGCUGAGCGAGCACUAUGUCGCAUGAAGAAGGUGGUCGAGCAGUGCACUCCAUAUCGCCCCUACACCAUGGGCGAGGUGAUGAAAGUUGAGAACCACGAGACCAAGGUCAUCAAGUUCCCACGAGAAGAGAGCCCUGCGGCAACACAGAUGCUCAAAGAUGCCAGAGCCUUCUUGGACUUUCAUUAUGACCGGGUGACUUUGCAUGGAGUGAGAUAUGGGAAAGGAAUGAAGACCAUCAUGGUUCCAAGAUACUCCAAAGGCACCUUGAUCACUUGGUCAGAAGGGCUACUGGGCAUCGCUGUGGUUGAGCACAACACAGACUCGCACAUCCAUGUGAAGGAGCUCUUCAACAAGGAGAUUGACAAGCUUUGCCAUUUGUAUCUUUAUGGAUUUGUGAACCUCGAGACCGAGGAGAACUCUAUCCCCAUGAGAAUCUCAAGACGAGUGGUUCCUGAAGCACUACAACCUGGAGAAGAUCAAGGUGAGGCUAUUUCAACAUCAUCACCUACGAGCCUGGAUCAUGAAGCUGAUGCGGCAGAUGAAAGCCACAAGCGGAAGGAUCCAGACAGCAGAACUGUGGUGAUUGCCCCCGAGAAGAAGAAGCAGCGCACUGACCUCCACAUGCUCUAUAUGAGCUCUAUCUGGUGGAUGAUGCAACGGCCUCGACGAGUCCGACUUCCAGCCCAUGAGAUUUGGUAUGAGCAGGAGAUCAGAUGGAUGAGAAAGCGACAGCUUGCCAUGACCACAUCAGGACCUCAACGACCACUUUUCCAUUGGCACUGCAGAACUGAUGCAGAGAUGUUGGUCUACUUACAGACCGGUGAGAUGUACCGAGUGGACGAGGUGACUGAUGUGCUCACUGAAGAACAACUUCUACAUCACUGGGACUCUUUUGAAGUCAGCGACAGAAGUGAGCUGAAGCAGUUUGUGGAUGAAGGCGUUUUCAAGAAGGUGCGCCUGGACAGUUUGCCCAAGGAAGUUGUCCUUGUGGAUGGCACAUGGGUUCGCAAGUUCAAGAGGAACCCAGACAACAGCCUCAAGGCAAAAUCUCGACUAUGUGCACGUGGUUUCCUUGACAGUCAAAAGACAGAAUUGCCAACGAGGUCUACCACUGCAACGCGUUUGUCUCAGAGGCUGGUUUUGUCCACAGCGGCAACACACCGUUUCAAGGUGAGAUCUUGGGACGUGUCUGGAGCUUUCCUGAAAGGAUUUUCUUUCCAGAAGGUCAAGGAGGAGCUCGGUAAGAAGGGCAUCAGUUCUCCUGACAGGAGAGUAGUGCUGAUUCCACCUGCAAACUGCUGGCGACACUUGGCACACUAUGACAAGCAGUUCAUGCUGGCGGAGGAAGAACUUGGUGAAUAUGGUUUGGAAUGUUUGAAACCUGCCUACGGCUUGGUUGAUGCGCCAUUGGCUUGGCAGAUGAGCCUUCACGGCACUUUGCGAGACAGUGGAGGAAUACAAUCACUGCUGGACGAGAACAUGUGGUUCUGGAAGUCCAACCAAGGCUUGACGGCAGUCCUCACCACUCAUGUGGAUGACAUCGCCUGUGCUGGCACUGAUCAGUUUCUCACAGAGGAGUACGCCUACUUGACCAAGAAGUUCGGCAAGCUCUCAGAGCAGAAACCUCCUUUCCAACAUUGUGGUUGUCGCUAUCGCGAGAUCAAGGACGGCUAUGCUAUGGAUCAACAGGAGUUCAUCAACAACAUGAAGCUCCUGGACCUCAGCCACCUUGGCAAAGACAUGUCAAGAGCCUUGACUCCGACGGAGACGACACUACUUCGCAGUGUUCUUGGAGGACUUCUGUGGAUCACUGCCACGAGACUAGAUUUGGUGGCGGAUGUUGGAGUUCUUCAAUCAAAAGUCACCAGAGCUACAGUACAAGAUCUACAUCUUGCGAACUCUGUGGUGAAGAAGGCCAAGAUGAGUCAGUAUGACGAGAUUGGCAUCGUCUACCGCUACAUCCCGACAUCUUCACCCUGGCGACUGGUGGCAGUGCACGAUGCUAGUGCAGCAUCCAAGGACAAGAUCUACAGCCAGGAAGGGAUCUUCAUCCUGCUGAUGGAGGACCAUCUGAACUUCGACAAGAAGGUGCACACCAUCAAUGGACUGAACGUGAAAGAAUCUCAUUUUGGAGGUGACGCACACAUUUUGUUUGCCCAUGGGGGAAAGGCAAAGCGAGUCAGCUACUCGACAUCGCACUCAGAAACUUUGGCAGCGAUGUCAGGCUUGGAGACGGCAUCAUUGGUGAGCUUGCGAUUGGCAGAGCUUCUAUCACCAGUGAGAAAGCCAACCUUGCAGCAGCUGGCGGCUUUACAAGAACGAGGAGUUCCUUUCCUGCCAGUUGAUGCGAUGACCGACUGCAAGGAUUUCUACAGUUUGACGACUGGAAUGUCUUCAUUGCCUCAAGACAAAUCCCAGCGCAUCUACAUCCUUGCACAUCGCGAAGCACGGCUAUGUGGCAGACUGAGAUGGAUCAUUUUGGUCCCAACACAAUCGAUGGUUGCUGAUGCAUUGACCAAAGUGAUGUUAUCGAAGCAGCUCCUACAUCUCAUGUCCUGUGGACAAGUUGUCUUCAUGAACGAGCCGAAGCACCCGAUUGAGGCACGGCGACUUCCACCUUGCGGUGAACUUUCAGAAGAUGAUUUGCUGGAUGGAGAUGAGAAAUGGCUUGCAAAGGAGAUGACAUCAAAUGAGAUCUUGGCAGUGCAGCGGCAUACUACUUCCAGAAGUAUGACAUCAAGCAGAUCCUCGACACCAACGACAAGAUCCAACUACAUGCUGCUGGCUCUACUUUGUGCAGUGAGCUGGACGAGUGGAAAAGCAGAAGACCAAUGCGAGCCUGACGGCCAUGGAGAGAGCAGCGGAGAAUUCAACGCACAGAAGGUGGCGAUUUUCUUUCUCACCACCUUUUGCAUGAUGGCGGCCUAUGCAAUUUUUGCUUUGUGGAAAUGUUUGAAAAAGAUGGAUGAAAGAUUUGAGGCUGAAACAGCCCAAGCAGUUCGCUCUUUGACGAGAGCAAAUUUGGUUGACAGGUUGCUUCAGACCGAGCACAACGUGAUGGAGCUGCAGAUUCAACUGAAUGAAAGUUUGCGAGAUAUAGAUAUUCUCUACCGAACACUUCGCAGACGAGCUGGUCCACAUCCAGAAGAACCAUCUCCAAACAGACCAAGGAUUGCAGACAAUCGACCAGCACUUCCAGAACCUGAAGGUGAAUUCAUCGAGAGAGAGUUCAAUGAGACAGCUUCAAGAUCCAGAGACGAAACAGCAUCAAGAUCCAGAGAUGAAGAUGAUUCACGUGAAGAGAUUGACGAAGACGUGCUGAACGAGUACAUAUAUCCUGGACAGCUGCAGCAAUGGAGCAUAGAAGAGAUCACCUCAGACAUGGAAGAACAUGAAAGAAGGGAUGCCCGAAUGCGCAACCGCAUCCACAUCAUGAGCAUCGAAGGUAACAACAUGGAAGUCUACCUUCAUGUGCAGAUGCAGCGGUAUGGAUUUCCAGUCCCGCUGUCAGACAUCUUGGUGCUCUAUGAGCGGCAUGCUCCUAGCAUUCCUGCGCCUGGCGACUAUCAGGAGUCCGACGAGCUCUUCCUGGUGACGACGCGCCCUGAUGGAGUCCUUCGACAUCUGCUGCGUGAGAGAUCUGACACCUAUGGUGACUACGAAUUGGAAUUCGACACCCAAAUGGGUCUUUUCUCCUUCAGAAACCGAAGGAUCAUCACUAGGGAGGACACCAGAUUGACCGAAGCUGAGCGAGAGGAACGGAUUACAAAUCUGUACAACAAUUUCCGUCAUUUCACCUCUUGA